UCUUUUCCUCCCCCAUUCCCCCGAUUUUCUUUGCUUUUCUCUUUCUUCUUCACUUCCUUCUCUUUCAUCUUUUCCACCACCAUAAUUAUGAAGCAGCAAUCGUCAUCAAUCAAGAGCAUCAAUUUAUGAGGAAGAAGAGGAACAUACUCAGGUGGUUUCAAACCCAAGCUCUCAAAGAAAUAUUCAAACUCAUCAAUAGGGUGGUAGCGCAGAUACCCCUAUUCAAUCUCUCUCUCUCGCUCAUUCUCAUCCUCUUCCAGAUCCAAAAGUUGUGAUUGUUUGAAUAUUUUUUUUUUGAACUGGUUGAUUUUUUAAUUGUUUAAUAUUUCUGUUUUUUUUUAAAUUUUUAACGAGUUAUCGUGUCGUGUGAUUCACGAAUUAUAACGGUUCGUGUUCGUGUUUAACAUUUCUAAUCCUUUUUCUUAUCAUGUCGUGUGGUGUUAACCCAUUAAGAAAAGCGGGUUGAUAAGAACACGACACUAACACUGCAAACACGACACGAAUGCCACUAUACAACUCCUUUAUAUACACUUGGCGGGUUAAAUUUCAUGAAAUAAAGUCUUGAGAGCAUCAAAUCAAAACCCGGUUUAAAACACGCUCGUUCUGUAACUGUCCUGUCGGCGAAGAUAGAAAAUGGUGAGUCGGAGCGAAGACCGGUUCGAAAUAGCGUUCUUCGACGUGGAGACGACGGUGCCGACCCGACCCGGCCAGGGGUUCACCAUAUUGGAGUUUGGGUCGAUUCUGGUUUGCCCUAGGAAGCUGGUGGAGCUCGAGAGCUACUCCACACUGGUGCGACCCGCCGACCUCUCCUCAAUCUCCUCCUUGUCCGUGCGCUGCAAUGGCAUUACCAGAGACGCUGUCAUUUCAUCCCCUACCUUUCAAGAGAUCGCCGAUACGGUCUACGACAUUCUCCAUGGACGUAUAUGGGCAGGUCACAACAUACUGAGGUUUGAUUGUGCUCGGAUCCGGGAAGCGUUCGCACACAUUGGUCGGCCUGCACCCGAACCCAAGGGUACAAUUGAUUCCUUGGCAUUGUUGACACAGCGCUUUGGAAGAAGAGCUGGUAACAUGAAGAUGGCCACUCUUGCAACCUAUUUUGGGCUUGGACAGCAGACACAUAGGAGUUUGGAUGAUGUUCGUAUGAAUCUUGAAGUUUUGAAAUACUGUGCAACCGUCUUAUUCUUGGAGUCGAGCCUCCCAGACAUAUUCACAGAGAACAGUUGGGUUUCUCCAAAUGCUACCACAAGAAGUCGUAGUGAUGCAAAAUCAUCUGCUGAGAAGAGGGCUCAAAACGCAGAAGUCUCUAAUCUGGUUGAAUCUAUCUCAGCUCAACCAGAUCCCUUUGACAUGGGCCCACUCAGCAUUGAAAUGCAGGAAGAGUUGAAUCAGCCAGACACCACCAUGGUAGAAGUACCUGUACCAGAGACUCCCAAUAGUUCUUCCCCAGCUGCUGCAUCUGAGAGUUGCAUUAGCAGGGUGGGAUUUUUACAGCCUGAUGAAGUUUUUAUUCCUUCUAUCUGUGCUUCCCUUGCUCCGUUGUAUCGUGGGAGUCAGAGGAUAAAGUUAUUACACAAAGAUGUCACUUUGCAGCUUUGCUGUAGGCAUAUGCAAUUACGGUUUGGAAUUAAUACAAAGUUUUUUGAUCAUGCUGGACGGCCCAGAUUGAAUAUUGUCGCCGAUGCAUCACCAAAUUUAUGUGAAGUUCUUGAUGCAUGUGAUGGCAUUGCACAGAAGUUGUCUGUGGAUUCCGGAAGCAACUCCGAAUGGAGACCUGUUGUGAUCCGGAAAGAGGGCUUCUACAACUACCCUACAGUGAGAUUGCAUAUACAGACAGCAGUAUGUGGGGAUAUUGCGAUCUACGCCACAGAGAUAUAUCAAAAAGAGCCUUCUGGCACUGAGCAGAGGCUAGUCUUCACUAAGCUUGAUGCUUCAGAACUUAGUACCUUGUUCAAACAGGGGAGUUUUAUGGAUGCUUUCUUCUCCUUGGACCCAUAUGACUAUCAGGAGAGUGCAGGCAUUAGGUUGGUGGCAAAGAAAUUGAUUAUUCAUUCGAAUUGAUGGAUGUAUCACUGAUUUAUUCAAUCAAGGGGGGCUGUUGCCUUGUUAAUUAGAUUGAAGUAGAUUGACAUAUUCAGGAGAACAGUUUUUCAUGUUCAUGAUCGAAAAUGGAAAACAGGGGAUACUGAUAGUUGUGACAUGUAACUCCAAAAUCUAUGCUACCAUACAUAUUCUUUGUUAGCUAAAGCUAUGUUUCCUUGUUUUAUGGGAACAUUAUUUCCAUAUUUUAUGGGAACAUUAUUUCCAUAUUUUAUGGGAACAUUGUUUCCUUGUUUCAUGGAAACCUUGUUUUCUUGUUUGUAGUUGUAGGACUUGUAUAAAUAUGUUGUAAGUAAUAGAAUCAAUCAAGUUGAAAAACCAGAAAAA